CAUUGUUGAAAUCCUGGCUUCACUGCCCUAUAGUAUACUCUAAUUUCGAACCAUUUGAUAAUUUUUCCGUAAUUUAACUUAUUCCCUAUAUUUUUGUGCUAUAGAUAUUUAGCAUGUGAGGCUUAAUAUAUGAUUGUUAAACUUGCGUUAUCAUCUUCUUUUCUCUCCAAUUCUUGAAAAAUGGUACCGAUAAACUGUCUCUCCCUUCCAAAACAAUUCUCUCUCCCAAAAUUGGAUUCACCUCUUCCUCCAUCCAAACUCGAGGCUAAAAAGGUCAUGUUUUGCCGGGGCGUCUUAAUCGGAGCUGCUGGAAUUACCAUAAUGUCCCUAACCGGACCCUCCUCCGCUGCUGAGUUUCCGAUUCUCACUGAGCCAUCCAACGCUCUCUCUCUCCCCACCUGGGCUGUUCACGUUUCCAGCGUCGUUGAGUGGGCUACUGCAAUGGCUUUGGUGUGGCAGUACGGCGAGAAAUCUGGCUAUCAAUCUUGGAAGGGUCUCUCUUGGGGAAUGGUACCCUUGUUCGGUGGAGCACUCUGUGCUUGUACAUGGCAUUUCUUCUAUAACGCAGACUCGCUUGAGAUCUUGGUGGCUCUUCAAGCAGCUUUGACUGUGAUUGGUAAUGCGACAAUGUGCAUAGCUGCCUACCGCAUCUACGCAUCAUCACAGGAACGCUCCAAAAACUCUUGACUUCGAUCUUUAAUCCAAAAUGCUUCUUCCUUCACUCUGUCUCAAUGGUAACUCCUUUCCUUUUGGAUCAAUGGUCUCUCUUUUUGAUAGGGGAAGGUGGAAAUGAGUCUAAUAUUGCUGGCUAAUUGUUUAAAUCUUGCUAUGCCUGCCUUUGUUUCACAUUUGAGUAACAUAAGACUCCAAUAACAGGUAAGAGAGAGUUCUUGAUGUUUGAGGGUUUAUUCAUUAAGAUGCGAGUAGAAGUCUAGUUUGAAAAAUUUGGACACUAUUCUUUCAAAUGAUACAAGUGGAUCUUCUUCUA